AUGGAUAAAAGUUGGAUGCUGCUAGGGAGGGAGGACCCUCUAUAUAUAAUGGGAAUCUAUAAUUUUGUGAACUAUGCAAGAAACCAGGGUAAUGGAGCUGAAUGGUACAAGUGUCCGUGUAGAAUGUGUUGUUGCAACGAGUAUGUAACUGAUUCAGUUAUGUAUCAGCACUUGUCACAUUAUGGUAUGUGGCAGAGUUAUACAACAUGGACAGACCAUGGUGAAGUAGCUACUUAUCCUACCCCAGUUGAAUUCCAAGCAAGUUACAGUCAUCAGGCUGGGACAUCUAGUGGUAUUGGCGGCCUUUCUAUGGACCCCACUAUGAACAUGCUAGUUGAUAAUUUUCCAUAUGUUUCGAGAUAUGAUCAAGCUGAGGAAUUUGAUGUACCCAUUGACACUAGUGAUUUUGAUAAGUAUAAGAGAUUGCUCACGCAAGCGCAAACCCCAUUGUACCCUGGUUGUUCAGAGACUGUUUUGAGUGCCUUGAUGUCACAAAUGCAGUUAAAAGUGAGGCAUAAAUGGUCGAAUGUCAGUUAUGAUGAAAAUUGUCAGUAUAUUAAGCGUUUGUUGCCCCCAGAAAACUUACUUCCUGACAGUUAUUAUAAGACAAAAAAGAUUCUUGAUGGCCUCGGCCUCGAGUAUGUGAAAAUAGACGCAUGCAAAUAUAACUGUGAAUUGUUUUAUGGAGAUUAUAAAGAUUAUGAUGAAUGUCCAGUGUGCAAUGAAUCUCGAUGGAAAGUAUCGUCUCUGUAUCAAAGGAAAAAGGUCCCUGUGAAGGUGCUUCGUUAUUUCCCAUUGACACCUAGGUUGCAACGUUUAUACAUGGCCUCGCACACUGCAGAGGCGAUGAGAUGGCAUGGGAGGGCAAGGGAUGAUGAUGAUGAUGAUGAUGUUCUCAAACACCCUUCUGAUGGUGAGGCUUGGAAACAUUUUGAUAGACAGUUUCCUGAUUUUCCAGCAGAUGUUCGAAAUGUAAGGCUCGGACUCAGCACAGACGGGUUCAAUCCUUGGGGAAACAUGAGCUCUACUCAUAGUACUUGGCCAGUUAUUGUUGUGCCAUACAAUUUGCCUCCUUGGAUGUGUAUGAAGAAGGAAUUCAAUAUACUGACUUUGUUGAUCCCAGGUCCCAAGUCCCCGGGAAAGUGUCUAGAUGUGUACUUGAGACCAUUGAUUGAUGAGCUGAAAGAUCUAUGGAAUAAUGGAAAGGCAACUUUUGACAGGCAUAGUCAGUCUUCUUUCAGAAUGAGAGCAGCAAUUAUGUGGACUAUCAGUGAUUUUCCUGCUUAUGGGAUGUUGUCUUCUCAAACCACGCACGGGUACAAGGCUUGUCCUGUCUGCUUGGACAAUGUUAAUUCUAGCUGGCAUGCUGGUAAGGUGUGUUACAUGGGUCACCGAAGAUGGCUUCCAGUUGAUCACGAAUGGCGGUUUGAUGCGUCUGCAUUCGAUGGUACUGAAGAGUGGGAUACAGAGCCCCAGAAGUGGUCUGGAGAUGAAGUUUUGGACAAGAUGAACUCUUUCGAUUUUGGACCGCUUAGCGGUAAUCCUAAAAUAAAAAAAAUAAAACGCCCAAAGCAUCUUGCGUGUUGGCAACAUAAGAGUAUAUUCUUUGAAUUGCCUUACUGGUCAAAAUCGAUACAUAGAAACAGCUUAGAUGUCAUGCACAUAGAGAAGAAUGUAAGCGACAGCGUUGUGGGAACAACUCUGGAUCUUAAAGAUAAGACAAAGGAUAAUAUCAAAGCUCGGGUGGAUUUGGAAAAUAUGGGCUUGCGUGAACACUUGUGGUUAAAAAAGACGGGGACAAAAGUGGAAAUGCCUAUUGCACCUUACGAGGUGAAGCCGUCUUUAAAACCUUGGGUUUUCAAGUGGUUUCAUGAUGUUAAAUAUCCUCAAGGGUAUGCAGCAAAUAUAGCGCGAUGUGUUAAGGUGGAGGAACAAAAGAUAAUUGGGUUGAAGACUCAUGACAGUCAUGUUUUAAUGCAACGACUUCUUCCAGUGGUAAUUAGACCGUAUCUGCAUUUUGAUGUAGUAGAGCCAUUAGUAGCCUUGUCCAGCUGGUGGCAAAAGUUAUGCACUAGAGAAGUGAAGAAGUCAGAUCUCUUAAAAUUGAAAGAAGAGAUUGUAUACAUCCUUUGCAAAUUAGAGAGGAUUUUUCCCCCUGCCUUUUUUGAUAUCAUGGUUCACCUCAUGGUCCACCUUCCCGACCAAGUUCUGCUUACUGGCCCAGUACACUAUACCUGGAUGUUUCCCAUAGAAAGACAACUUGGGGAUUAUAAAGGUUAUGUCAGAAAUCGAGCGAACCCAGAAGGUUCCAUUACAACUGCGUACAUUUCACACGAGUGUGUAACCUACUGCAAUAUGUAUCUCCAUGAUAUAGAUGACACAGAGUCACGUGCUGCCUCCAAUGAACCUACAUUUAACCUUUCAGUUGUUUCAAAAGAUGUAAGAAUGUAUGUUCAAGAUUUUAUGGAGUAUCAUUUGAAACAACUUGAGGAUAAUGGUGAUGAUCACCCAGAAGAGACGCACAAGAGAUCAUUUCCUAAAUAUUUCAAGAAAUGGAUGAGAAAGUUGCAACGAGAAAACAGUCAGUUGUACUCCCCACAGAUGCAACAUUUGGCCAGUAUGCCACAAUCACAUAAUGUAUAUGCGGCUUGUGUAGUGAACGGCGUAAGGUUUCUGACAGAAUUUUUAGAUCAAGGGAAGAAGACACAAAACUGUGGCGUCAUGGUAGAGGAUAAGAAUGGAGGACCACCAUACUAUGGGGUCCUUGUUUCUGUUAUUGAACUACUGUAUGGAUCUCGUAUGCCGGUUGUUUUGUUUAAGUGUAGAUGGUUCAAUACUGACCCAAGUGUUCGGAGGAGUACCAGAUUGGAUCAUGGCCUAUUAUCAGUGAAUACACACACAAGCUGGUAUGAAAAUGAGCCAUUUAUUCUUGCAACCAUGGCAAAACAAGUGUUCUAUCUUGAUGAUCCGAAAUUGGGCCGCGGUUGGAAAGUGGUAAACAUGAUGUCACACAGAAAUAUUUUUGAUGCAAGAACACUUGCACAGGGUGUAGAGCAAGAUAUUGAUAAUAUGGCUAUUGAACCAUAUCAAGAGCCUUCUACCUCAGCCAUCCAUGUCACAAACAAUAUUUGCAUCAACAACGAGAUACACUUUCAAGCGUCUGAAUACGUUCCUAUAGAGUUUGAUUUCGAUCCUCUACCGUACAUUCCCCGCACAGAAGAAGACUUCAUUAAUGAUGAAGAUGAAAAUGACGAUGAGGAUGAAGAUGAGGAUGAGGACGCCGAUGAGGAUUAUGAAGAAAAUGAUUGA